AGAGCCAAGGUUUGACCCCCGUGGGAAACUUAGCUGCACUCAGUUGUCAACUAAAUUUGACUAGUAAAUACUAAGUGGCUCAACUCUUAGAUAAAAUCUGAAAUUGAGGGGAAAUUCCUGUUGUUACUGCAGUAUCUUCUCCCCACAUUCUAUCCCAAAUUAGUGGGAAUGAGAUGCUGUUAAAGGCAGUUAUUAAUAUUCAAUUCCUUUACGAUUAAUACGUAUUAAAAGAGAGGAAGCCUACCUAUUUGGAUUAUGGUAUACUGGAUUACUUAAUCCGUGACGCAGCACAAUAACAAGACAGUGCGCAAUCUGCGUGGCUGGCAGUCUCAUGAGGACAUUCGCUGACAAGCAUGUUGCGUUUGCCUGCUGUGAGCCGGGGUCUGUUGCCAGCAGCUAUUACCAAAGGGGGUGAGUCGGCAGCUAACACUGCUCGCAAUGCAGCUACUGCAGCAGCACCUGCCAGCAACCUUGUGGAGGUGUUUGUUGAUGGGACACCUGUCAUGGUGGAGCCUGGAACCACGGUGUUGCAGGCAUGUGAGAAGGUAGGAAUGCAGAUUCCUCGCUUCUGCUACCACGAGCGCCUGUCAGUUGCUGGAAACUGUCGGAUGUGUCUGGUUGAAAUAGAGAAAGUUCCAAAGCCAGUGGCGGCUUGUGCAAUGCCAGUCAUGAAGGGUUGGAACAUUUUAACCAACUCUGAUAAAACAAGAAAGGCCAGAGAGGGUGUGAUGGAGUUUUUACUGGCUAACCACCCAUUAGACUGUCCAAUUUGUGAUCAGGGGGGAGAAUGUGAUUUGCAGGACCAAUCCAUGCAGUUUGGCAGUGACAGGAGCCGCUUCACAGAAGGCAAAAGAGCCGUAGAGGACAAGAACAUUGGCCCUCUCAUCAAAACCAUUAUGACUCGCUGUAUCCAGUGCACUCGCUGUGUGCGCUUUGCCAGUGAGAUUGCAGGAGUGGAGGAUCUGGGUACCACCGGCAGAGGCAAUGACCUGCAGAUUGGGACCUAUGUGGAGAAGAUGUUCAUGUCUGAAUUAUCCGGAAAUGUUAUUGAUAUAUGCCCAGUGGGAGCCUUGACUUCUAAACCAUAUGCUUUCACAGCUCGCCCUUGGGAGACAAGGAAGACUGAAUCCAUCGAUGUUCUGGAUGCUGUGGGAAGCAACAUUGUGGUGAGCACCCGUGGCGGUGAGGUGAUGAGAAUCCUGCCACGUAUCCAUGAAGAUAUUAACGAGGAGUGGAUUUCUGACAAAACCAGGUUUGCUUAUGAUGGUCUCAAGAGACAGAGGCUUACUCAGCCCAUGGUGAAAAAUGAGUCUGGGCAGCUGGUCCCCACUAGCUGGGAGGAUGUGCUGACUCGAGUUGCUGGAGCAUUGCAGGGAGUCACGGGUAAUGAAGUUGCAGCUGUUGUCGGAGGCCUGGCAGAUGCAGAGGCUCUUAUUUCCCUGAAAGACCUGCUGAAUCGUUUGAACAGUGACAACCUGUGCACAGAAGAGGGGUUCCCGAUGGCUGGAGCUGGAUCUGACCUGCGUUCAAGCUAUCUUCUUAACACUGGCAUCGCUGGUAUUGAAGAAGCUGACCUGCUGCUUCUGGUUGGAACACACCCACGCUAUGAGGCUCCUCUAUUCAAUGCCCGAAUCAGAAAAGGAUGGCUUCACAACGAGCUGCAAGUUGCUCUUAUAGGAAAGCAAGUAGAUCUAAGUUAUACAUAUGAUCAUCUUGGGGAGUCUGCCACAAUUCUCCAAGAAAUUGCAUCUGGAGUUCAUCCAUUUUCCCAGGUCCUGGCCAAAGCCAAGCAUCCUGUUGUUGUAGUUGGAAGCAGCUGCCUGCAGAGAGAGGAUGGGGCUGCGAUAAUGGCUGCUGUGUCGACCAUUGCGCAGAAUGCUCGCGUCAGCAGUGGCGUAGAGGAAACCUGGAAGGUCCUCAAUGUGCUUCACAGGGUUGCCAGUCAAGUGGCUGCACUUGAUCUUGGGUACAAGCCAGGGGUGGAGGCUAUCAGAAAGGAGCCACCAAAAGUUCUGUACCUGCUGGGAGCUGAUGCUGGCUGCAUUACUCGCCAAGAUCUCCAAAAGGAUAGCUUCAUAAUUUAUCAAGGUCACCACGGAGAUGUUGGCGCACCAAUGGCUGACAUCAUACUUCCUGGAGCUGCAUAUACUGAGAAAUGUAGCACCUAUGUGAACACUGAAGGCCGUGCCCAGCAGACCAAAGUUGCUGUGACUGCUCCAGGCAUGGCUAGAGAGGACUGGAGGAUCAUCAGAGCCAUAUCUGAGCUUGCUGGAGUGACACUGCCAUAUGACACCCUUGAUGGAGUGCGUGAUCGACUGGCAGAGGUUUCCCCAAAUCUGGUUCGAUAUGAUGAUGUUGAGGAGGCCAACUAUUUUAAACAGGCUACUGAACUGUCAAAGGCUGUGAACCAAGAAGUUCUUUCUGAUCCUUUAGUCCCCCCACAACUCACUGUGAAGGAUUUCUAUAUGACAGAUCCAAUAAGCAGAGCCUCCCAGACGAUGGCCAAGUGUGUGAAAGCUGUCACGGAGGGAGCACAAGCUGUGGAUGAGCCAGCCAUUUGUUAGAAAUCAGUGAAUAAACAUCAAAAACAUAACUGGCUUUAAAAAGAAAAAACAAAGAUACGCACAACUCCACUAUUUGCACAUUCCUAGAAACCUAUUUAUUUGCACUUUUAUUUUGAUAUAGAAAAUGUGUGACUUUAAUAGAUGCCUAAUCAUUGAUGUUAAUUAUGGAACUAACACACUUUAUUAACCUGCAGAAAUGUAUGUGCUACUUGCAAGUUUAAAAUGUAAACUAAGUUUACCAAAUAUCCAAAGGCGCACACCUGACAGUGUAAACUUUACCUUUUAGAAUGCACUUAAUAGUUGCUGUGACCAAAGGUUUUAACUGUUUAUCCUUUUAUGAUAAUCCAGUAUUUUGUCUUCCAGUGAAGCUUCCAAGAUUAAAUUGUUAAUGCAUAUAUUUUCCUAAAGGUAUACUGAAUUUAUUAUAAGGUUGGUCAUUUUUGUGAAAAUGAAUAAAUCAGUUUUCUGCAGCAA